GGUUGGGCACCUCACCAAAUACAGACACAGAAGCACCUGUGAGGAACUGAUGGGUCUUGAUAUCAAUGGCUGCAGACCGCUGAAAGUCAGUCAGCUGAGGGCUGUCUGUGAGGAAGACUCAGCACCACUUUUAAAAUAGUCUGUCAGCAAAAACGUUAAAUAUAAACAGGCCUGUAGAUCCAGCUGCCAAUCCAUGGGAAAUACAGAGCACUGUGGGGACUGAGAAGUGAUCACACUGGAAACCUUAGGGUAAAUGACUCAGAGCGUCUGCAGAGAAGUGGGAAGGAGGAGAGGAGAUGCAAAUGUGAAGAGGGAGGCCAUCCCAGCACAUUCGAGAACACCUCAACCAGUUGCGUGGUGAGUGCAUAGACCUAAGUGCCUGGCAGCAGCUUCACUGUCCUCUCUGCUUGUGGGAACGCUGACUUAUUCCACGACCAAACAAUGAGGAGGAGGUGCCGGCCUGUGCAACCCCACGAAUAGAAGGAACACAUUUCUGAAUCAUAAGAGCCUGACUUUUCCUUGAAACUUGGGGCCAGGACAGAUUGUUGGAGGUGAUGAGAAUAUUCUGUAGCUAGAUUGUGAUGGCUGCACAACAUUGUGAAAGUACGGAGUGCCACAAAUGAUGGCUCAGCAGUGCUUCCAAAAUGAAUAUUUUGACAGUUUGCUGCGUGCUUGCAAACCGUGUCACCUUCGGUGUUCCAAUACCCCUCCUCUACCCUGUCAGCGUUACUGUAAUGCAAGUAUGGCCACUUCAAUGAAAGGAACAAAUGCCAUUCUCUGGACCUGUUUGGGCCUGGGCUUGACAGUUUCUUUGGCAGUUUUUGCACUCCUGUUCUUGCUAAGGAAGAUGAGCUCUGAACCACUAAAAGAUGAAUUUAAAAACACAGAAUCUGAUCUGCUGGAUGCAGUGGUUAAUGCUGAGCUGGACAAUGGCAAAACCGAUGAUGAAAUUGUUCUUCCGAGAAGCCUGGGGUACACAGUAGAAGAGUGUAUCUGUGAAGACUGUGUCAAGAGCAAACUAAAGGUCGACUCUGACCAUUUCUUCCCGCUCCCAGCCAUGGAAGAGGGUGCGACUAUUCUUGUCACCACAAAGACAAAUGACUACUGCAAGAGCCUGCCAGCUCCUUUGAGUGUCACAGGGACGGAGAAAUCGAUUUCUACUAAAUAAUUCACCUUUUUGACUGGUGUACAGCUACUCUGAGAACCUUCUGACAAAAACAAAAGAUGAUGCAUUAGAUCUCUUUAGGAUGAUUGUAUUUAUCAGUUGCUGAUAUAGGUUUUUUGUUGUAUAAUUCUGGAAAGUCUUCUUAUUAAAUGUAUUCGUCUAUAUUGUUGUUGGGA